UGGCAUACAACCCUCUCGCAUUCGCAUAGAGGCUAUGCUUCUGCUAAGCCCCUAAAUCAUAAUGUACCUAUAUUAUAGGUUGGAAGUGAAUGAUCUCGCAUGAUGAGUUCGGCUUUCUAGAUAUAUUAGUUCUGGCUUUCGCAUACUCGCAUCCAGAAGGCGAAAGCCAGCGCUAAUAUAUUCUAGGCGGCGCCUAUGUUUCCCCAUCUUUUUCCAAACAUUUUCUCGUCAAGCUUCAGUGGCUAUAGCGGAUGGCGAUGUGCUACCAACUUGUCGAGAGAUAUUCUGCUUGCCAUUGCAUAUAUUACCUACAUGCCAUAGAUAAAUGUCUCGCCUAUGGUCAGCCAGGACAUCACAUAACGAAACGGACCAUUCUAGUGGGAUAUGCAUGUCAUGAACACGACAAAUUAUCUAGUAACCCGAAAGCCGACUCAAAUUUUCGAACCAACGAAGCAUCAAACUCAGUUUCCCGUCAUCAUACGAGAACAGAUACUUUACCCGACACCGCUCAAGCGCUAUUUGAGUUAGAAAAUAAAGAUAAAGCUGAAGGUAAAGGAAAAGGGAAACAACUAUCAGAAAAUAACCCUGGUCCCAAACUGGUCCCUAACCCUAAUUACAUACCAGCACCUCGUGCACUCUAUGCGGGUUCAUGUUCGUCAGACUCAAAAACGCAUCCUAGCCUUACGGAACAUGAUAAACCAGUUGAUAACUCUGGCAACAAGGAAGAUUCCGACGAUGAUCUUUCUUCUAUAGAGGCAUUCCUCUUUGAUGAUGAUAAUGACAAAGCCAGCUUAACCUCUCUUAGCUCACUUGGAUCUUCGACAGCUCUUGAACAUCUCACAGACGGAUUUCUAUACGAUAGAUACCUUCAGGACCUAUGGCCUCAGGUAGUCCUCCGGUCGCCGUCCGCGGCGAAAACGAAGGAGGAAGUAUCGUUGUUGAUCCUGCGAUAUAGCCUAGACCUACAGAGAUUGGCUCGAAAACAAGAAACUCCAGAAGACUCUACAAACUUGCAAAUAAAAGCGAGUCAAUUUGUGAAGCGUAAGCGGCAUUACUUGUCCCGAGAAAUUUACAAGCAAUUUUGGUUGCCUCUGUCAGCAGUUGGUCAGCCUGUAGGUGAAAAUGAUGCGCCAGGGAACGAUCCUGGCGUUGAGUCCGACUCGGACAACGAUCAAGAACCAGACGUUGAUCGAUUCAUCAGCUUAAAGUCGUUCUUGUUUGACACCGAACCAUUUCUCAUUUUCAAGGAAAAUGUACGAAUCUUCGUUGAGCGGUCUUCUCCGAGUCUGCAAACUUCCUGGCUUGAUUCUAUGCGGAUUAGGUUUGAUAACAUGAUAACACUCAUCAACGGCAAAGCUCCCCGGCCGGGGAUGAGACGGCUUCAAUGGACUUGCAGCUGCGGCCUUCGAAUAUACGACGACUAUACCGAGACUCAAUCGGGCGCUCUCGAUAAUCUUGAAAAGAUUUUAUCCAGCUAUGGCGCACGGUCAAGGAGUUCAGGUGAUAUCGAGUCGAACAAUCCACCACCAAAUAGCAAGUCAAAUAAGGGCGGGUUAUCAGAAAUAUGGCGUUCUUUUACUCUCGACGCUAAACUGCCACGCUUCUGGUUGAGAAAAGACUAUUGGGAACCUGGGAAAUGUCGUCGGACGCCCGGAAUAAGCCUUGAACUGGAGCACAAUUAUCUUCUUGCUUGCGUUCCAUUCGGACGAUGGGUUUCGAAGCUACAUCAACAGGAGAUUUGUACUAUCCUUUCAGACCAAGACUUCUUUUCGCUGCUUCGGAUGUUAUACCAUGCCAACCGUCGUAGACUCUCGCUAUCAUGGAUGAGGAGAGUAAAGAGCAUCGACUUCGUUCAAUUCGAUGUGCACCGGUCGGGGGUUGCGGCGAUACGUUCUAAACCGGCCUUACCACCUAAGGAAUUGAAGGACCAGUACCAGUAUGAUCCAAUGCCGGCGGAUCUGGUUCCUCCGAUUGCGUCAAAUAUGCUGGUUCACUUCUUGGAGAAUCCAACACACGCGAGCGUACUUCCGGAUUUAUAUAAAAGGAUACCGAAAAAACUGCGACAAAAGCUAGCACCGUGUCAAGUGACGGGAAUGUCGAUUGGAUGGGGAAUCGAGUUUGUUGAGGGUAUAGAUUCUUUCAUGUUUUUUAUAUUCGGAAGUGCCUUAUUUCUUAUCUGCUUUAUAGUCGCCGUUGGGUGGUCUGUUAUUAAACAAGACGUCCAAGGUGGCUUUGGAAUAGGGGGUUUCAUCUUGGCUUUCAUGUUAUUUUGUGGCGCCAUCGUCCACUCCGCACUCGAUUCUCAAAUCCUGAAGUAGAGCAUGGUUCGCUUCAGCUAGGAUUUACUCUAUCCUAUAAGAAUAGCUUAUAUUAUGUUAUAAUGUGG